AUGGUCAUGAAAUUCUCACUCUCCAACUUUCGUACUUUCUCACUGCUAGCUGCUUCCGGUGUGAUAGCUGAGACGCACAAGGUCUCCUUCGAGAACAAGUGUGGCAAGGGCACACCACAACUCCAGCAGAACGGCAAAACAGUCUCUUCAGGAGAGCCUUUCACUUCUAACGGACCUUUCGAAGUUGCGAUUGCGUUCCUGCAGACCGGAGAAUGCGGUGAGAAUGGAGAAAACUGUACGCUCAUCGAGACCACGCUCAAGAACCCAACGACACCGGGAAGCGGAUCUGGCUCAGAUAUCUCGCUGAUUCCUCCGCACAAGUUCAACGUGCCAGCAGGGUUCAGGUAUGAGAAUGGCUGCGAUGGCAGAGGACAGGACUGUACGACAGCGGAUUGUCCAGAGGCCGCACACAGUCCGCAAGACCCUGUCGAGCAGCUUAUUUGCGAAGCCGACAAUGUCAACCUCGUUAUUACGUUCUGCGAGUAA